AUGGACGGAGUAGGAUUCUAUACCAUUCUGCCACGUUUCAGAAUUCCAGAUCCUGUUCUUCACGAGAAAACCAUACACUCCUGCCGUUGUCCUCCUGUACAGAUUCCUCCGUACAGGGUAUAUAGUAAAAGGCCCAACCAGCCAGUUAGCAAGCGGCCACCUGUAGCCGUUACUGUACCUAAAGACCCAAAACCUGAAACAUGCCAGAAUUUAGGAAAAGAUGGAUCAGGUAGCAAGUUGGGAUUUAAGUUUCUGGCUACUGCAAGUCACUGGUCACAACGGGCAGGCCGCAGGCUGCAGGCUGCAGGCACAUGGGAAUUUACCUACUGUGGAUGGAGGAGUACUUCCGUGCCUGGUUCAAAGUUUGAAGUUAUAAGGCAUGCGAGGAUGAGAAGAUGCCUUAGCUGGAGCCUGGACCUGUUGCGGGAGCACGUUCCAACUUCCAACCUUCUUUCUCGCGUUUACGGAGUGCUUGCACUGUUAACUGCCGAAGAAUGA